UUGUUCAGGACGGAGGAGCCGUGCCGUUAUGUCGACCAGCCGUCGUUGUAACAGUUUGUAGUGCCCGUUAAACCGGAUUUAAACGCCAGUGGAUUUUUUUUGUUUUUAAUCGUGCUAGUAAAGGAUCUGUUUAGAUUCGCGUUUUGUUCGCAGCUGUGAAGUUUAACGAAGUAGAAGAGGUUUCGGUGGAUCCAUGCAGACUCGGUCUGGAUAGCAUUCUCAAGAUCGCAGCUGCAGGCCAUUUACUGAUGGGUACAUACUGUGAGGCGACACACCAACAGACCUGCAAAUCACUCGGAAGAGACAGAAACUGUAAAAGAAUGAAGACGAGCUAGAUAGAGUUGUCUUCUAAGAACUGCAGAAGGUGUUCUUGGCAGUAUACACAUACAGUUAUUUGAACUAGCAAAUGUGUACCUGGACUUGACACAUAAUCAGAGAAACCUGAAAAGUAACUUUGGUUUGAGUUUUCGAAAGAACACAAAAGUGACAAAGUGAUCAAUAUGAGUGCUGAAGGAUAUCAGUACAGAGCGCUUUAUGACUAUAAGAAGGAGAGGGAGGAGGACAUCGAUCUGCAUGUGGGGGAUAUACUGUUGGUAAGCAAAGGAGCUCUGGUGGCUCUCGGGUACACUGACGGACUGGAACAGAGGCCAGAUGAGAUUGGCUGGCUGCCAGGCUUCAAUGAAACCACUCAGGAAAAAGGGGACUUCCCUGGGACAUAUGUCGAGUUCAUCGCGAAGAAGUGGAUCUCUCCUCCCACACCCAAGCCAAGGCCCCUCAGACCCUUACCUGUAGCUCCAGGUGUCUUCAGGGGGGAGACAGACUCCGACUCAGAGCAAGGCUGGUGUCUGCUGGACUUGACAGAGCAGUUUUCACUUCCAGAGACCAGUCCGCCCCUGAUGGCCAGACUGCUGGAGGCUAUUGAGAGGAAAGGUCUGGAUAACCCCACUUUAUAUCGAACAUUUACUGCUGGUGGUGGACUUGAAGUCAGACAGUACUUUGAUUGUGAUCCCCCCUCAGGAGACCUGGAUCAGUUGGAACUUCCAAUCCUGUGUGAUGGUCUGCGCAGGUACCUGCAGGAUCUUCCUCAGCCGAUCGUCCCCACUGCAAUAUGUGCUCAGUUGGUUCACACUGCCAAAGAGGUGACAAAUCCGGAGGAAUGUGCCCAGCUGCUGCGUCGCAUCGCCAGCACCCCAAGCCUGCCUCCCCAAUACUGGCUAACCCUCCACUGUCUGCUCAGGCAUUUCUCUAGAGUGUGCCAAAACAGCUCCAAGAACCUGCUCAGUGCCAGGGCCCUGGGCGAGAUCUUCAGCCCUGUGUUUUUCAGACAACAGGCCACCAGCUGUGAACCCAGCUUGGAUGCUCACAUCAAGAUCAUUGAGGUUCUGGUGACCAGCGAAUGGAGUGAAAGUCAGGCAGCUCCUGCUCUACCUCCAAAGCCACCCAAGCCCACAUCUGUGACUAACAACGGUAUGAACAACAACAUGGCGCUACAAGACGCUGAAUGGUACUGGGGAGACAUCUCGAGGGAGGAGGUCAACGAGAAACUGAGGGACACGGCCGACGGUACGUUUUUGGUGCGAGACGCCUCGACGAAAAUGCACGGAGACUACACUCUAACUCUGAGGAAAGGAGGAAACAACAAACUGAUCAAGAUAUUCCAUCGGGAUGGGAAGUACGGCUUCUCGGACCCACUGACCUUCAGCUCAGUUGUCGAGCUCAUCAACCACUAUCGCAACGAGUCAUUGGCUCAGUACAACCCCAAGCUAGACGUCAAGCUGCUGUACCCCGUCUCCAAACACCAGCAGGAUCAGGUGGUGAAAGAAGACAACAUUGAAGCUGUGGGGAGGAAGCUCUGCGAGUACCACCAGCAGUAUCAGGAGAAGAACAAAGAGUACGACCGUUUGUACGAAGAAUACACCAGAACAUCACAAGAAAUCCAAAUGAAAAGGACAGCUAUCGAGGCUUUCAACGAAACUAUAAAGAUAUUUGAGGAGCAAUGCCAAACACAAGAGCGGUACAGCAAGGAAUAUAUCGAGAAGUUCAGGAGAGAAGGCAACGACAAGGAGAUCCAGAGGAUUAUGGGCAACUACGAGAAGUUGAAGUCCCGGAUUAGUGAAAUCGUAGACAGCAAGCGCAGACUGGAGGAGGAUCUGAAGAAGCAGGCGGCAGACUACAGAGAGAUCGACAAGAGGAUGAACAGCAUCAAGCCAGACCUCAUCCAGCUCCGCAAGACCAGAGACCAGUAUCUCAUGUGGCUCACCCAGAAAGGAGUCAGACAGAAGAAACUCAACGAGUGGCUCGGCAUCAAGAACGAGAACACAGAAGAUCAAUAUUCUAUGGUGGAUGAUGAUGAAGACCUUCCUCAUCAUGACGAGCGUUCCUGGAAGCUGGGCAACAUCAACCGACUACAGGCGGAGGCUCUCCUCCAGGGCAAGAGAGACGGAACAUUCCUGGUUCGAGACAGCAGCAAAGCGGGAUGCUACGCCUGCAGCGUUGUUGUGGACGGUGAGGUGAAGCACUGCGUCAUCAACAAGACCCCCUCAGGUUUCGGCUUCGCCGAGCCCUACAACCUGUACAGCUCACUGAAAGAACUCGUACUUCACUACCAGCACACGUCUUUGGUCCAGCACAAUGACUCUCUGAAUGUGACGCUAGCGUACCCGGUGUACACCCAGCAGAGACGGUGAGGACCCGGAUGUUUCCACAUGGACACAAAGAGAAAAGGCCUCAUGGAGAGUUGGAGAUAUAUACAUGUCCUCGGACUCCAUGAUUUUUUUUUGUUUUAAAGAAAAAGAGGCUCUGUUUGCGGAACUCAGACUUGAAGCUGGAGAAAACAACGCAAUAAAGCCUGAAACAUUUCAGUGACUUUGCCCGACCACGAGCCCAAGGCGAGUCUGAAUGUAGAUUUUAUUUCUUUAUUGCUUUUUGCGGGAGCACAGAAUCAAGCAGAAAACUGCUUAACUCUCCUGCAGCAGAGGACAUUUGAGGCCUUUUCCUAAUGGUGCUUGUUCUUUUUCAAAGCUUUACCAGCCGGGAAUGUCUAAUCGCAACAGAUGAACUCUUCAAAUGGAACUGAACUCACCGGCCACAACUUCAUGUUUCCACUUUUUUUUUUUUCCUUUCACGUCAUCUUUGUGUGUGUGUCUGUGUUUCUGCACAAGUGUUUGUGUGUAAGUGGCUGUGAGUGAGUGAGUGAGUGUGUGUGAUUGUCCAUGUGACCAAAACUCAUAGAAUCAGGAAAAUGUGUGACGUUCGGUGGGGCUGUGUAACACAUUUGCUUGUGUUGACCGUUCAGUAGCAGACCACGGAUCAGCUGAUAAAUGUAGCAAAAUGGCACUUUUAAAGCAAAGUUUAAUUUUUUGAGAAAGACUCCUAUGGACUUUUAAAGAGAAGCGCAGAGAGGACGAGAAUCCUGCCGCCUUCUUACUGUCGAGCAUUAUAGAGCAGAAGCAAACUUGAUCUUAACUGUGGGCAGGUGAAACUAUGAAUGGACUCACUAUUUCAUGUACAUAUGUGAAAACGUGCAAAGUCAUGAAUCAAAGUGCACCAUACCAAAAAGGAUCAGUUCCUGUUUAGUCAUAUUCUGAUCUGCUAUGCAAUUCUUUCUCCAUUAUUUCUUCAGAAUUGUGUUUUAUUCUGUUGCAACCCACGAUAUAAGCUUGUUUUAUUGCUUGAAAAGUAUCUUUUCCUGUGUAAAUAUCCAAGAGGAUAUUUUGUGUCAAAAUGCCAAGAUACAGUAAAAAAAGAAACUGCUUAUGAUUUUUUUAAAAAGAUGAUAAUAAUAGCAACAUACACUUUAUUAUGAAUUACUUCAACAACUGGUAUAAAGAUGGAAAAGAUGAGUAUUUUAAUAGUCUUUUUUUUUCGCUUCAAACUAAUGUUCUUCUCAGGCAGAGCCUUUUGAGUAUUUGAGCUGCUUCAGUCACAAGUACUAUUUCUUACAGAGCUACAUGCAGUUCUUUGUUGAGACGGACAAAGAAAGCACUCAGAGAACAGGAUGAUGGGAUUGUACAACCCUUCUUACUCAUCACCACGAAAAAACAACAGUAUAGAUUUAUUUUGUUAUAAAAUAUAUAUGUUCCCACAUGAGAAUAUAUUAAAGCAGACUGGUGUUUUCAGCCAUUGGAUAUUGUUAUUAAAAGAUCAAUAUACAUUGUCCACUUAGUAUUUUUCUGUAUCAGAAAAUCACUGUGUUUACAUGGGUGGAUCAGCUCAUUUCAGAUAGUCUUUAAUUUCAUAUUUCAGAAAAGGACAAAAUGUGCCAGUGGAAUCCUUGACAGAGAGAAAUUAGCCACAGCUCAACUGCUUUUUCUUUCCACAUUAUCUUUAUUCUAGCUUUUUAAAAAUCCAAGUGAUCGGUACGUCUGUAAACCCAGUGGACUGGUAAUAUAUAGAUUUUUUUUUUUUUUAAUGAAGUCACCAGAACUACCAAAUUGUCACCCUUGACACGUCUAACAAAUGUGAAAACGUACAAUUUAAAGACAAAAUGUCAUAAUCAUAUAUAUUUUGCGAUCACACAUAGAUGUGAUAUUUUUAUCCCCCAACCUAAAAUGUACUCAUGCUCAGCACAGCUGUCAAUUUAAACUGUUUAUAAUAUAUAUUUGUGUAACAAAUUAGUUGUAAAAACAAUAAAAAUAAAAAACCUUAACCUAAUGUAAUGUUGAUUAUUGCUUAUCAAAUUUGACUCUUUGGCACAGAAAAAGAGAAGCCUCCACUUGUGUCACUUCCUGUCAAAAUGAAAUGAAAACAAAUUAAGAAAUUUGUCAGCAUGGAAACAUUUUAUAAUUUUGUUCGAUGCAUAUUAUUCUCCCCUCAUGGCAGAACUGUUGUACAGCUUGACCAAGCUACUAAAAUUUGUUUUAGAUGUAACUGCCCAGAUUGCUCAUCCAAGAUUAAAUUGUUAGCACAUUGGUAGUAACUGUCAUUUAUUCUAGGUUUUAUUGGUUCUCUAAAGACAUUUAUUUUACUAGAAAAUGUUAUUUUCCUCCCCAACAGCUGCUGGCAUGAACUUUUUGUUUCUUAUUCUCAAAGCUAUUUUCUUUUUUUUAAUAGUUCUUGGACAAAAUGCACCGAUAUUUUCUUUGCCCCAAUUCUGGGUUGUAUGAUUACUUUAGGUGUCUUUUUUUAUUUGAAGCUCAUCUUUAUGUGGUUGUCCCAGACAUGAUGAUUGGAUUGAGAUUUACCAGUGUUCCCCAAGUUUUGCUUCAAAUCUGUAUUGGGCUUUGUUCAAAAGGAAAUAAAACACUUCUUAUAAAGAAAAAUC